AGAAUUCCAAGAAAGUUUCACAACCAAUAAAAGUAGUCAGCGUAGAACCAGACGCGUACUCUAGAGAACUCAACGAGGCUUUCGGUUCGCUGGUCGAGCUUGUAAUCCCAUUUCCCUACAAAAAUCAGGUUACUAAUGAAAACUUUGGGAAUUUUUUUACUGAAGAAACUGAAGCCUUGCUUCCCUUCAUGAUUUGGUCGUAUUCCGACGAUGAAACCCCACCUGAAGACCGGCCUCCUUAUUCCGACAUAUGCUUUGUCGUGGAGGAUGCUCGUUUUUAUUGUCAUAAGGUGUUCAUGUGUGGACGAAGUGAUUACUUCAAAGCGCUUCUCAUCGACCAUUUCUCCGAAACAGUCUUACCGGACAUUAUGGAGCAUGAUUCCUACGAAGAAUCUGUACCGGAAGUGACGCUACGUGACGUCAGUGCGGAGGACUUUGCGGCAAUCGUAGCUUACAUUUACCAAGAUACGACGCAUGUUAAAGUACAGAAUCUGUACAGUGUUCUAUGUGCUGCAGAUUUGUAUCUUCUGAAUGGUUUAAAGCGUUUGUGUGCAAAUCAAAUCAAGGACCAUCUUGACGUCGAUAACGUGAUUCCCAUUCUCAAAACUGCGCGGUUAUUUUCUCUGGAGGGAYUGGAAUCCAACUGUGUCAUGUUUUUAGCYAAGUGUCUGGAAAAGUUCAUCGACGAUACAGAGUUUCACGAACUUAUUGUGGAGGACGCGGCAACGAUUGAAAAUCGUGAAGAGAAAGACUCCAUUCCAGUCAUCGACGAGAUUCGCUUUCACUUGAUGAAAAAUUUACUGCCGGUUAGCAUAUCCCCAGAAUGCAACGUGUACGAUAGUGACAUUAAGCUAGCAUUACUGGAUCAGUUACUGAAAAAUUUGGACUUGGAAUGUUAGGACUCUGAAUCCUGGAUCGUUGUGAAGUAACCUGGUAUUUGCAUGCUUAGCGUUAAUUUGUAGUGUUAAUAGUUUAGCACUAUACGUUGUUAAUGCUAU